AUGUGCCAAAAACAACAACAACGACGGCAAAUUGCGCUUCAGGAUUUUGAGCCCCUGUCCGUGAUCGGAGAGGGUCACUUCGGCAAGGUGUUGCUCGUGCGCUGGAACAACGGCGCUACCUUCUCCUCCUUCUCCUCCUCCUCCUCCUCGUCUUCAAGCACCGCUGCCACUAGCAGAAGCAGCAGCGGCGGCGGCGGGAGAGAUAAAAGGCCCUCGGCGACGGCGGCGGCGGCGGGGUUGUUUUCGUCCGCAGCGACGAUCGACGAGGGAGCGGAAGAAGAGGGGGGCGGCAGGGAAGAUGGCGGCUAUGCGAUCGGCGAGGACGUCGACAAGGCCGGUGCUGACGAGGCCGAAACCGACGCGGAGGACGCCGACACCGACGCCGAGGCCGCCGACGCCACCACCAAGGCCAACACGAUAGCCAACACCAAGCCGGCGUCCUCCUCCAAGUAUAGCGGCAGCACCGUAGAGGACUCGAUCUCCCGCAGCGGUCGGCACGGCUGCGACCGCUACCUGGCGGUUAAGGAGGUGGCCCUCCACAAGGGCACCUCCCUGCCAGGGGUCCUCAACGAGAGGCAGAUCCUGGGCGUCCUGCAGGAGCACCCCUUCGUCGUGACCCUCCGCUGCGCGUGGCGCAGGGGCAACUACCUGUACUACGGCCUGGACUUCCUGCCCGGGGCGGACCUCUUCGAGCUGUUCCGCCGCAAUGCGAUAAAGAUGGACCUGCAGUCCGCCAGGGUGUACGGCGGGCAGGUGGCGCUCGCGCUGGAGCACCUGCACAACCACGGCAUCUGCUACAGAGAUCUCAAGCCCGAGAACAUCCUUGUCGACGCCAAGGGCCAUCUGUGCCUGGCCGACAUGGGCCUGAGCAAGAUUUUGGGCACGGGCGAGAACGCGGUUCGGACGAUGACGGUGUGUGGCACCAGGGCCUACCUGGCGCCCGAGAUGGUCCUUCGCAAGCCCUACGGCCUGUCGGUGGACUUCUGGCAGUUCGGCUGCUUCGUGUACGAGCUCUACGCGGGCCACUCCCCCUUCUGGAAACCGAGGUCCGGUCCCCCGGGCCGCUCGCACGACCAGACCGUGGCCCUCAUCCUGGCUGGCGAGAUCCACUUCCCGAGAUCCAUCGGCCCCGUCGCCAAGUCCCUGAUCAAGGACCUCUUGAGCAAGGAGGUGGAGUCCCGCCUUGGUUGCAGGCCUUCUUCUCCCUCCUCCUCGUCCGUCCCUCCGCCGGCAGCACCGGCUUCUUCCGCUGCAGUGGCGGGGGCGGCGGACAGCAGCAGGGACCCCGGGAAGUUGGCCGCGCGGCCCGCCGCCGCCGCCGGGGGCUGGAACAGCGUCAAGCAGCACGGGUUCUUCAAGGACAUGGACUGGGAGGCGCUGCUGAGGGGGGACGUGGCUGCGCCGAUCAAGCCCGCGGACAUGGGGCGGGGCAUGGUGGGCAAUUUCGCGAGGGAGUACACGCGGCAGCGCGCUGGGUGGGGCGGGGACCAGCAGGAGCUGCGCGACGUUGCCGAAAAAGAGGGGCUGUUCAAGCGAGAGCUCAUGGGCUUCGAUUUCGUGCGUGGUUGACCGAUGGUAGAAUACGCGAUUACUUUCGAGUCUGUUGAUAAGGUAUGUCUGCGUGUGUGAUGUGUCUGUGAGUGUGUGUGUAUGUGUGUGUUUUGAUGCUAGUUUUGGUCGGCUCCUGAGAAGGGAGACAGAAUUGUGACGGGCGCUCUCGACUAGACACCAGGGACGAGUCUGAAUUUGGGCGGAGGGGGGGGGGGGGGGGCUGCCCUAGAUUUGUUGUGCUUGUGUUUUGCGGCCUCUCUUUAUUGCCCUCGACAUUUCAGCCGAUCAAUACCGUUUCCGAAUUGAGUAUUGGACGAUGUACCACGUUAUGGACUACCCGCGGGUCUUCAUUCACCCAAGCAGGUAGUUCUCUGCCUACGUUUGUGCUCCAGCUUCGGUGGACGUCUUUUGGCUGUGUUUGUUGCCUGUCGAUCCCGGCCCAUCUAAUACACCUAGAAAGCAAGCAGUAAGUGCCACACAUCCAACGGCGGUCCCCUAAGAAGGGCAGCAGCGCCCAGUUGCAGGCUUUUACCGGCCUCCGUUUCGAGAGUUUCGUGUGUGGGUGUGUGCUGUGUGCUGUGCGGCUUGCGUCCGGUUCCGGGUCCGGUAGGCUUUUUUUAUGGAACCUUUCGUUCUUUCUCAGCACGCAACAACGAGGUUGGCGCCUGCGUGGAUUGUUUGCUGGUGUGCUGGCUUGCAGCAGCAGCAGCAGCAGAGGAUGUUGGCGCAGAUUUUGGGUUGUGCUUGUUGUGCUGGCUUGAAUCAGCAGCAGCAACAGCAACAUCAGUGCGGCAGCGCCAAAGAAGGGAUGUCGCAUUUGUACAAUUUGUCUUGUGCUGUAGACCAGCGGAGGAAGUGCGGUGCUGUCCCACCGUUCUGUUGUGUGUGUGCGCGCACGACGACCCUUGCAUACCUCCGAUAGGACCAUUUUUGUUCUCGUUUUUUUUUGUUUUUUGUUUGCUAGUUCCGUUACGGUGGGUGUGUCGGUGUCGGUGUUGUUGCCGGGUGUUUUGCCACUUUGGCGCACCCGAGCGAGACACUGCUCACUCAUUAUAGGUCCUAUUAUUAUAUAUUAUUGUUUGUACACUAGUAUUGCAGUACGGGGUGACCGAUCAAUCACCUUGUCCCCGCGCAAUUAUUUGCCCGUUUUUUUUUGUCAUCUUUUUUGUGUCUUCCCUUGUGGCAGUAGAGCAGGCUCCCGUUGAUACUUGUUUUUUGGUGGAAAAAGCGUUUGGGAUUUUGUCGGUUCCGCGUUUUUGCGUAGCGCUACCAGUGUUCGUGUUGUAGGAGCUGCAACCUCGUGCUCGCUAAGCGUGCUUGCUAGCUGCUUGUUUCCACCACCGCAGCAGCAGCAGCAGCAGCAGCAAGUGCCCUCACGGUCGCGCCUUCGUUGUUGGGAGAGGCCGCGCUCGUUUUUGUCGUGUACUUCGUGCAACGAGCGGCAGCCUGCUGCUGCGGCGGAGGCCAUGCUCUUGUCAUCCUACCCAAUAGGCUGGAAUGGAAGGAUGGCAAGAUUGGUGUUCUUAGAUUGUUUCUGCUGCCGCUGCUGCUGCUGGCAGGUCGGUCUGCGUGAUGUUGCCUCUGAAGGACGCGUCGUGAUGAGGAAAGAACCUCGUGCAUGCAAUGCGCCUCUCCUUCGUUGGUUUGCGACAAGGUUUUGGGUGGUUUCGUGCGGCGUGUGGCGGUGGGUGUGGACGUAGGGAAGGGGGUCCGCGACCAAAGAGGGGCGUCUUGUUGGGAGUAUGAAGAUUUACCAUGGAAGCGAAAAAAUUAAAUCGGGAAUAUAAAAAGUUGUGGACUGGUCUAGCUGUACGGAGAACAUGCUUUGGAUGAUUUUUGAUGACCUGAACCAGCUCGUGUUGGUGCAGAUGGCGGGCAGAGGUGGGCGAGGGGCAAGGAUCCCUUCGGGUGCCUGGCUUUUCAUACUUUUUUGUGUUUGCGUUGGUUGCUGCCUCACAGCAAGAAAGUGCUUGUAGGAGCACGGCAUCGCAAAAAGAGAGCGGCACACUAAAUAAUUUAUGUAGGAGCGCUGCUCGUUGUUUUCCAUUUGAUGACGGUAGCGUUUUUUUUCUUUUCCCUCGUUUUUUGAUUGUGUUUUUGCUUCCCGCCCACCUGUUGGUGGUUGAUUGGUGGCGGGUCUAAGGGUAGAAAAGGGUAAUCGUGAUCCGUCCUUGUUGGGUGCUUGUUUCUUGAUCCGGGUGUGCAGAUAUUGCGCAAGGUUGUGGCUGGGUGGCUGUCAAGGAGAAAAAGCGUCUCUCUUUGGCUUUGGAGAAGAGACCACGGUGGUAUCGGUAGCGUCGUUGGCGUGGCCGUUGCCUCAGAUAUUGAUGGCAGAACAUUUCUUGCAUGUCUUGCCAAACAAAUACAAUACAUGAUUUCUUGA